AUGUUUGGGGCAGUUUGUUCGGGUCGUCCAAUACAGCUAGCGCAGCAAGUGGAACCCAUGAAAUGGGUUUUCACGAUGAACAACGCUUCUAACAUAAAUCAUAUUGCAAUCUUCUUACUUCCCCAAUCGGAAUUUACAGAUCCAAACUACACCGCCUUGGUAUAUUUCCAAUUGCCCAACUCAACCGAGUUCAAGUUGCUUGGUGGUUUGAAUCCGAAUAAGCCAUCAGCCAUUUUCAAGCUUAACAACACUGCAACAAAAGCGUCCCAGUCAUACUUUGCUGACGACGAUGCUAUGAAUGACGACUUGGGUGCAAGUGUAGACAACGUCGUUCUUAAUAUUGGAAUCGCAAUUGAACCGACGCCUCAAGCGGAAGUUCUCUUGCUACAAGAGAAACAGAAGGCAUCUAAAUCCAUACUUCCAGCCGUGCAACCACCACCAGCACCACAAGCUCCUCUGGAUAUUGCAAGUUUAGCUAACAAGAUUGUCAAACAUGCCUACAACUUUUUGGGAAGUUUUGUUGACGGUACAGGAAAAGUCCCCAUGAAGGCGUUCGACAACUGGUGGGACAAAUUUAAAGUGAAGCUUGCCAACAACCCUAAUUUUUUGAACGAGUUGGAUUAG